AUGAGUUGCUUAGAGUAUUUGACUUUAAACAAUGCAGUUACUGUUGUAAUCGGUUAUGUUGUAUUUGUGUAUGUUUAUGAUGCCAUUUUCAAUGACAUCAGACCAAUUGAUGCCAAUAUCGUGAAGGAUAAGUUGGAAGUUCCAUACGAUAUUAUUAAGAAAAGUUGGAAAUCUGAAAAGACUGAACCUCCUGAAAAACCUGGUCAACGUUUGAUUCACAGUUACUGUCCUGCAACUGGUCAAUAUAUUGAUUCCUUUGAAUCUAAGACUGCUGCUGAUAUUGAUUCUAUGAUUAAAAAUGCUGAAACUGCUCAACAAAAAUUUAAGAAAACAAGCUUUGCUAAAAGAAAGCUGGUAUUAAAAACCUUAGAAUCUUUUAUUUUGAACAAUCAAGACUUACUUGCUAAGGUUGCUUGUAGAGAUUCUGGUAAGACUAUGUUAGAUGCUUCAAUGGGUGAGAUUUUGGUUACUUUGGAAAAACUCAAAUGGAUUUUAAAACAUGGUGAAAAAACUUUAAAACCAUCUAAACGUUCUGGUCCAACCAACUUCUUUAUGAAGUUUUACAAAGGUGCUGAAAUCAGAUAUGAACCUUUAGGUGUCAUCUCCUCCAUAGUUUCCUGGAAUUAUCCUUUCCAUAACUUAAUGGGUCCUUUGAUUGCUGCCAUCUUCACUGGUAAUGCUAUUGUUGUUAAAUGUUCUGAACAAGUUGUUUGGUCUUCCGAAUUUUUCAUCAAAUUAGUUCGUGAAAUUUUAAUUUUAUGUGAUGAAGAUCCAAAUCUUGUUCAAUUAUGUUACUGUUUACCACCAAAUGCUGAAGAUGAUGCUGCUAAUUACUUUACUUCUAACUCUGGUUUCAAGCACAUUACAUUUAUUGGUUCUCAACCUGUUUCUCACCAUAUUUUAAAAUGUGCUGCUGAUUCUUUAACCCCAGUUGUUGUUGAAUUAGGUGGUAAAGAUGCCUUCAUUGUUUUAGACUCCGUAAAAAACUUAGAUGCUUUAUCUUCCAUUAUUAUGAGAGGUACUUUCCAAUCAUCAGGUCAAAAUUGUAUCGGUAUUGAAAGAGUUAUUGUAUCUGAAAAGAAUUAUGAUUCAUUGGUUAAGAUCUUAGAUAAGAGAAUGAAUGAAAAUCCAUUACGUCAAGGUUCUGAUAUUGAUAAGAUUUCUACUGUUGAUGUAGGUGCUAUGAUUUCUGAUAACAGAUUUGGACAGUUAGAAAAAAUGGUUGAAGAUGCUGUUUCAAAGGGUGCUAGAUUAUUGAAAGGUGGUAAGCGUUUUAACCAUCCUCAAUUUCCUAAUGGUAACUUUUUUGAACCAACUUUGUUAGUUGACGUCACUCCAGAUAUGGAUGUUGCUCAAAACGAAGUAUUUGGUCCAAUCUUAGUAAUGAUGAAAGCUAAAAACACCGAUGAUUGUAUUGACUUAGCUAACUCAGCUCCUUUCGGUUUGGGUGGUUCUGUUUUUGGUGCCGAUUACACUGAAUGUAACUAUGUUUGUGAUAAUUUAAAGACUGGUAACGUUGCUAUUAAUGAUUUUGCUACCUUCUAUGUUUGUCAAUUACCUUUCGGUGGUAUUAACGGUUCUGGUUAUGGUAAAUUUGGUGGUGAAGAAGGUUUAUUAGGUUUAUGCAACGCCAAGAGUGUUUGUUACGAUACUCUACCUUUUGUCUCUACUCAAAUUCCUCCACCAUUGGAUUACCCAAUUAAAAGUAACGAAACUUCAUGGAAUUUUGUUAAGAGUUUUAUUACUGGUGCUUACACGGACUCGAUCUGGCAACGUAUCAAGUCAUUAAUCUCACUAGCCAAAAAUUCUUAA